AUGGGACGUAAGAAGAAGAAGCAGUCAAGACCCUGGUGCUGGUAUUGCAAUCGUGAGUUCGAUGAUGAAAAAAUUUUAAUUCAACAUCAAAAAGCCAAACAUUUUAAAUGUCAUAUUUGUCACAAAAAAUUAUACACUGGCCCGGGAUUAAGUAUACAUUGCAUGCAGGUACAUAAAGAGGCAAUAGACAAAGUACCAAACUCGAUGCCAAAUCGUAGUAAUAUAGAGAUAGAAAUUUAUGGAAUGGAAGGAAUACCACCAAAUGAUUUAAAAGAACACGAACGCCAGAGAAACGGCGGUAGACCUGGAUCGCCAAGUUCAGGAGAAGAUGAGCCUGCACAAAAAAAAUCUAAACCUGAAGGUUUAUUAGGUUCAGCACCUGGAGCAAUGCCUACGAAUUCAGGGAUGAUGCCAGGUAUGAUGCAAGGUAUGCCAGGACACCAUCCGAUGCAUCAAAUGGGACAAUAUCCUCCACCGAUGCAUCAUAUGAUGGGACACAUGGGUCAUGUCGGUCCUCCAUUUAUGCAAGGAAUGAUGCCGGGUAUGCCAGGAAUGCCUCCGGGUAUGCAACCGCCAGUUUCUGGGGCUUCGAUGCCAACGAGGCCGCUAUUCCCCGCUGUAGUUUCAACAGCAACGUCAUCAGUACAUAAUUCUACGCCUAUCGGUACUGAUUUUAAACCAAUAACUUCGAUAGCUGGUGGAUCUAUAGGUCCAAUAAAACCUACGUUCCCGGCUUACAGUAGUGAAUCAACUGUUCAAACGAAUAAUUCAAAUGAUCAGAAGGUUAAUUUAAUAGCGACGACAGGUGCCGCUAGUAAAAUAAUUCACCCGCCCGAAGAUCUCAGUCUCGACGCCCAGUCACUCCUUGGUAUGCUCGGGGCAUUGCCCCCAGGUGCGAUGCAUCCAGCAUUCGCGACUCCAAUGGGAUUCCCUGGUGGACCGAUGUUAACGCCGAUGAUGCAUCCACGCUUCAGAUGA